UUUAUCAUUCAUGUGAUUUUUUCCUCUCUGCCUAAGGAGUUUGAGGCUUUUGUUGUGAGCUACAACAUGGCACCUGAGGAAUGGAACUUAGAUAAGCUCAUUGGUCAGUGUGUGCAGGAGGAGGAGAGACUUAAGGACUCACGGGGAGACUCUGCUCUCUUUGUGAGAGAUAAUAAGAAAAAGUUCUAUAAUAAGAAUGCCAAACCACAAGGGAAACCAAAGUGGGAUGGCAGCUCCUCCUCUAGUGCUCAGGCUAAGGCCCCUCAUGGAAAGGCACUUCAGCAACCUCAGCAGGACAACAGGGCCCAGGGUGAUAACAAGCCACAAUACACCAACAAAAAGAAGCCCUGGCUUGACCCUGAUCAGUGCUUGUUCUGUGAGAACAGAGGCCACAUGCAAAAGGAUUGCAUUGGUUUCCUGAAAUUCUGUAAUAGAAAAGGGAUUCCAUACGAGGAGAACCUUGCAAAAAGGAGAAAGAACAAUUAAGGUGGCAAAUGGAGUACAGGCCGACGUCGAAGCCAUUGGCGACUUGUCUUUAGCAUUAUUAGAUGGUUUUGUACUUAGGCUAUCAGAUGUACUUUUUGUUCCCUCUUUGCAUCGCAAUUUAAUAAGUGUUUCUAAAUUAGAUGAUGAUGGAUUGGCAUGCCAUUUUGGAGAUGGCAAAUGUAAGAUACUAUUUCAUAAUA